GCUGGCAUCUUUGGAGGGAGUGUGUGUAGUGGGCCUUCAAGUGGAGGUUUGGUGUAGUGGUUCCAUGGCGGGUUGAUUUCUCACUGGAGCUGGGGGAACGGAGACACACACACAGAUUGAUUAGUGGAUUAGUCUUUGUGUGGAGUGUGUCGCUGGGUGUGGCAUUGAUCGUUGCUGGAGAGAAAUCAUUUCCGCCUCUCUGCGUACUUGUGUGAUUGAUGAGUCUUCUCUCUCGCUAGCUUGAGUUGUUGAUCCGCGAGCGCUAUCCUUACAUGCUGCGACCUCUAGCUUGUUCUGGAUACACCCACAUUGGAGCUUCUCACGUGAACUCAUGUGAACUUCCGUUGCGAAGUGGAGAUCAUCGGGAGCUUUGAGGACUGUGGAGUACGAUUCAGAUUUACUGAAAAUUUGAUAUUAACUUUUUGAACGAAGAGUUAUUGAACCUUUUCAUAUUCUGAAUUAUUUUUGAAGCUAUGGAAACCGGUGAUAGCGCAGUGAAGUCUUCCCAGGACGUUCAUUACUAUGGGAAAAGCACAGCGCAGAAGCACCGGCGCUCGAAUGGUAUAAUCCUCAUCUUCCGGGCUCUCACAUUCUCCUUUUCGCUGACAUCCGUCAUUGUUAUGGGAACAAACAGGCACAGAAUCGAUGCGCAAUCAAGGGUGGCGUGGUACGAUUUUGAUCCUUUUCGGUAUGUCUUGGCAGUGAAUGCAAUCAUCUGCAUCUACUCAUUUGUGGAGAUCUGGCUAGCGGUGUACACAUACCUGAAGGACACACUCUUCUUACCUGAAACCUUUCAAGUUUGGUUCGACUAUGGUCACGACCAAGGCUUCGCAUAUCUCUUGUUUUCAGCCAACUCCGCCGGCAUUGCGAUGGCACAACUCCUGCAAUCAGGGAAUUCCUUGAUUCACGGUGCAUACCGGUGCUCGGACGCAGGAGUUUUCUGUACUCAAGCUCGGGCGUCGAUCGGACUCGGAUUUGGGGCAUUUCUCUUUCUCGCCCUGUCGUCCCUUUUGACGGGAUUACGAGUUGCCAGAUGGUAUUUCUCUUGAUAAGAUUCCAGGUUGAGAAACCAUAAACCGAUUUUUAUUCGUCACUUUUUGAGUGGGGUUCGAAAUUUGCAUCACCGGUAUGCAUCUCGUGGACAUCUCGACAGGAAGGUUUCAGCGUUACCUCGCAAAACUCCUAGUUUUUUGGGGCCAAGUUGGCCCCAAGCGUAUUUGCGCCAUCUCUCUGUUGGCAUCAUACUUUUCGGAGUUGUUUGCGACAGUUUUUGGAGGCUCGAGUUUGAAAGUUCAAUACGUCUGGCGCCUCAAAAAAGACUUGGCCAAAUAUGCGUGACUUCUUGUUUCCACGCGCUCAGAAAAUUAAUUGCAGCACAGGUUGAUAGGUGGAUAACUAUAAUACUAGAAGAGCGUGUCGAUGGUUUUAGCUGUUGAGAACUGUGUCUUUUCGACACAAAAUUUGAGUGACCCACAAGAAUAGUGAGCUAAUCCUCAUGCUCAACUGAUCUUAAUAAAUUUAGAAUGUUUGCUCACCCUA